GACGGCCGCCGUCAUCACGUGAGCUCUGCGGCGGUUCCGCGAUGGCGGCGCACCUGAGCUCGGGGCGGGUGAACCUGACUGCGCUGCGCGAGGCGGGGCGGCGCGAGCUGCGCGAGUUCCUCGACAAGUGCGCGGGGAGCAAGGCCAUCGUGUGGGACGAGUCCCUGACCGGGCCCUUCGGGCUCAUCGCGCAGUACUCGCUGCUCAAGGAGCACGAGGUGGAGAAGAUGUUCACGCUCAAGCCGGGCCGCCUGCCCCAGGCCGACGUCAAGAACAUCAUCUUCUUCGUGAGGCCGCGGCUGGAGCUCAUGGACAUCAUCACCGACAACGUGCUCAGAGAGGACAGAGGCCGCUCUCCCCAGAGGGACUUCCACAUCCUGUUCGUGCCGCGCCGCAGCCUGCUGUGCGAGCAGUGGCUGAAGGAGCAGGGCGUGCUGGGGUCCUUCAUCCACCGCGAGCAGUACAGCCUGGACCUCAUUCCCUUUGACGGGGACCUGCUCUCCAUGGAGGCCGAGAGCGCCUUCAAGGAAUGUUACCUGGAGAGCGACCAGACGAGUCUGUACCACGCAGCAAAGGGGCUGAUGACGCUGCAGGCUCUGUACGGAACCAUCCCACAGAUCUUCGGGAAGGGCGAGUGUGCUCGGCACGUGGCUAACAUGAUGAUCAGGAUGAAGCGCGAGUUCCCUGGGAGCCAGAACUCGAUAUUUCCUGUCUUUGACACCCUCCUGUUGCUGGACCGCAACGUGGACCUGCUGACACCGCUGGCCACGCAGCUCACCUAUGAGGGGCUCAUAGAUGAAAUCUAUGGGAUCCAGAACACUUAUGUGAAACUCCCUCCCGAGAAGUUUGCCCCAAAGAAGCAGGGUGAGGGUGGGAAAGAUCUCCCCACAGAACCCAAGAAGCUCCAGCUCAACUCUGCUGAAGAGCUCUAUGCUGAAAUCCGAGACAAGAACUUCAAUGCCGUGGGGUCAGUGCUGAGCAAGAAAGCCAAGAUCAUCUCUGCAGCCUUUGAGGAACGCCACCACGCAAAGACCGUCGGAGAGAUCAAGCAGUUUGUCUCACAGCUGCCACACAUGCAGGCAGCAAGAAGCUCUCUAGCAAACCACACCUCCAUUGCAGAACUCAUCAAAGACAUCACCACAUCUGAAGAUUUCUUUGAUAAUUUAACGGUGGAACAAGAGUUCAUGUCUGGAAUAGACACAGACAAGGUUAAUAAUUACAUUGAAGACUGCAUAGCUCAGAAGCAUCCAUUAAUCAAGAUCCUGCGCCUCGUCUGCUUGCAAUCUGUGUGCAAUAGUGGACUGAAGCAGAAGGUUCUGGACCAUUACAAAAGAGAGAUUCUCCAGACUUAUGGCUACGAACAUAUAUUGACCUUAAACAACUUGGAGAAGGCUGGACUCCUGAAACCUCAGACAGGCGGUAGGAAUAACUACCCAACAAUCAGGAAAACCCUGCGCUUAUGGAUGGAUGAUGUCAAUGAACAGAACCCCAAUGAUAUCUCCUAUGUGUACAGUGGCUAUGCACCGCUGAGUGUCCGCCUGGCACAGCUACUGGCUCGCCCAGGGUGGAGGAGCAUAGAAGAGGUUCUGAAGAUGCUGCCAGGUCCCCAUUUUGAGGAGAGGCAGCAGCUACCCACUGGCCUACAGAAAAAGCGUCAACAUGGUGAGAACAGAGUCACUCUGGUGUUCUUCCUGGGAGGGGUAACAUACGCAGAAAUUGCUGCACUGAGAUUUCUGUCCCAGAUGGAAGAUGGAGGCACAGAAUAUGUCAUUGCCACUACAAAACUGAUCAAUGGGACAACCUGGAUGAAAUCCUUGAUGGAAAAACUGGAGCCUGCCCCAUUCUAAGGUCUGUGGUAAGAGACAGUGAAGGUGAGAGGCCCUGUGGACACAAGCACAUCAACUUCUGGUCUUCUGGCAUGGCUUGAACAUCAGGGAAACAAGACAGUGCAAGAAGCUCUCUUUGAGACCAGCUCAUGAUGCGGUUACCCUCAUCCCUCUCUGCAUUUGGGUUCCUACUGUUUGUGGAACUUCUAGUAGUCAAAGUAGCUCCUUUUGAGCUACUUCAGCUGCUUCAGAGCUGAAAGGCACUAACAGUGAAACAAACAGCUCCUGGUCUGGAUUGGCAAAGAAGUGAUGGGGUGGCAGGGAUUGGGCCUGGUGCUUCCAUUUGGCAAAUUGCUGCUUUUUUUCUCCCCUUUCAGUUUAUUUGCAGCAGGAAAUGUGAUUAUUCCUUUGUUACCCUCCUAAGGUGCUGAGGAGGCAGGAUGUUUUCUGUUCCUGCUGUCACACCAAUAUUCCCAGCUGACUCCACAAUGGAAAGAGAACUCCUGUAAAGGGGAAGCAGUAACUUUUUCACUGCCUAUGUUUACAAACUUCCCAGCUCCCAGGCGUCCAGAAUAAUGCAGCUGCAGGGCAUGCUUGGCCUGUGCUGGCUCUUACAAGCUGGCUGUUAUGGUGAGGUACCUGUAGGCCACACUCAAGUCCACUGUCCUGCACACUUUGGCCAAGACGUUUGUUGGGUUUCCUGCAGCAACAGCUAAACCUUGAACUAUCCACAUGCACGUCAACAACACUGACUAUGAAAACAAGCAACUGCACCCAAAUUAUGAGGGAGAUGCUUGAGCCUUUCACUGCAGUCGCCUUCUAAAGGCUUGUUUGUCCUGGGUACACCCACCUGACUCAGGAAAGCUACUCCAGGGUAUAAAUUACAUCAGUAUGUCAAAAGCUUAUGUCUGAAGACA